AAUAAAACCAAUAAUUUUCUUAUUUUUAGAGCAAAAUUGAAAUAUUUUCAUAAUUAAUUGACACUAGCUGCAAGGUCAUAAUGAAUGUGAUAGUAGCAGUUAAGCAGUACAUCACAAAGAUGAUAGACGACGCUGGGUCAGGAAUGAAAGUUCUUUUGAUGGAUAAAGAAACUACUGGUAUUGUUAGCAUGGUGUAUGCACAAAGUGAAAUUUUGCAGAAAGAAGUUUUUCUUUUUGAAAGAAUUGACUCACAAGCUCGGGAAACCAUGAAACAUUUAAAGGCAAUAUGCUUCAUAAGACCAACAAAGGAAAAUUUUGAUCAUCUUAAAAGGGAACUAAAAAUCCCAAAAUAUGGAACUUAUUAUAUAUAUUUUAGCAAUGUUGUACCAAAAAGUUAUGUGAAGCAACUUGCAGAAGCUGAUGAUCAAGAAGUAGUACGGGAGGUGCAGGAAUUUUAUGCAGAUUAUUUUGCAGUUAGUCCACACGUGUUUUCCUUUAAUAUAAUUGGCUGUUCCAAGGGUAAAAAUUGGGACUAUGAAAAGCAGGAACGUGUCACUGAAGGCGUCAUUUCAUUGUUGCUAUCGCUUCGAAAAAAACCUAUCAUCAGAUACCAGCAGUCUUCUCAAAUGUGCAAGCGACUAGCUGAAAGUGUAAUGCAAAAGAUGUAUCAAGAAUCGGGAUUGUUUGAGUUUCGCCAUUCAGACAUAUCCCCUUUGUUAUUAAUACUUGACCGAACGGAUGAUCCUGUUACACCACUACUCAAUCAGUGGACAUAUCAAGGUAUGGUGCAUGAGUUGUUGGGUAUAAAAAAUAAUCGAAUCGAUCUAUCAUCUGUUCCAGGUAUUUCCAGAGAGUUAAGGGAAGUAGUGUUGUCAGCGGAACAUGAUGAUGUUUAUAGAGAUAACAUGUACUUAAAUUUUGGAGAGAUCGGUUCGAACAUGAAACAGUUGAUGGAUGAAUUUCAAAAAAGUGCAAAAAGUAAUCAAAAGUUGGAAUCAAUCGCCGAUAUGAAGGCGUUCGUUGAAAAUUAUCCCCAAUUUCGCAAGAUGUCAGGAACAGUUUCAAAACACGUAACAGUGGUCAGUGAAUUAUCACGUCUUGUUAGUGAGCGUUGCUUGCUGGAGAUAUCAGAAUUGGAACAAGAUAUGUCGAGCAGGUCGGAUCAUACAACACACAUUCAAGCUAUUCGAAAGCUGUUAGCCAAUGAAAAAGUCAAAAACAUCGAUGCGGCACGGCUGGUUCUGUUGUAUAUGUUACGUUACGAAAGAAGUUCAAGCAACGAUAUCAAAGGUUUACGUAAUGAUCUUCAGAAAAGAGGAGCGGAUGAAAUGCUGAUCAAACUCGUGUAUAAUAUGGUCGAUUACGCGGGUGCUACUAUACGUGGAAGCGAUAUAUUUGGGCAAAAUAAAAACGCGUUGGCAAUGACGAAGAAGUUCAUCAAAGGACUAAAGGGCGUGGAAAACAUAUACACACAACACAAGCCAUUAUUACACGACAUUCUCGAUAACAUGAUCAAAGGGAAACUACGCGAACAACAAUAUCCCUAUUUAGGAAAAGAGACAUUCCGAGACAAACCUCAAGAUGUCGUCGUUUUUAUUGUUGGUGGUGCUACGUACGAAGAAGCAAUCGCAGUAUACGAUGCCAACCGAAAUAAUCCUGGAGUGCGAAUUAUACUUGGUGGAAGUACAAUACAUAAUACUGAAAGUUUUCUAGAAGAAGUGAGAGAAAGUACAAUGAUUGGUCACAGUCCAUCAGUUUCUUAUUCGUCCGGCUCCCGUGGACACACUCACGGCGUAUUUUAGACAACAAGACCGCCGUAUUAAACGGAAUGAAAACAGGUACUGCUCUAAGUUGUCAUUAAUACUAAAAAUUGUAAAAAUCAUUUGAAGUAAAUAUUAUUUAUUAUCCAGUGAUGGGUCCCAUUGGUAAUUCUUCAUCAUACAAAUUGAGUUUUUCGAUAAAUAUCGAAAGAUCUUGAUAAAAAUCGAUAAAUUGGAAACUCAAGUAUUGACAUUUUUUGAGCUAGUAAAUCUCUGCCAUUCUGUUCAGUUGGUUAGUGUUUUUUAUGUACUGUUAUAAUCUGAAAUACCGUGUCUUGAAAAGAUCGUCAGCGAAAAGUGAAAAAAAUUUUCUGCUGGAUGAUGAAAUUUCUUAACAAGCGAAAUUGUUUUCUAACGAAACUUUAACCGACGAUAAGGUAUAAAAAAAAUUACAGAUUUCAAAAAUUUAAUAAUUAUUCCACAUUUUUUUAAUAGUUUUGUUGUCUGUGUAUUAUUUUAUAAUAAUAAUUUAACGAAAUUUUUAAGCGAAAUAUUUUUAUCCUGGAAAAAGUUUCUCGUUUUACGUUGCUUCUUCCUUUUAGAGAUAAAUUCUUUCGUUAUUGUUAUUUUUAAAAUUGUUUUGUUUUUCUUUUACAUAAAAGUCAUAUUAAAGCAAAAAAUCUCUGCCGAGACAAAAUUUCAAUGUCCCCGAAAUUUUGUUCGCUGAGAAUCUCGCCUAAAAUUAUAUUGGUUGUAACACAUACUUUGUGAUAACCUUUUAUCUUCUUUUUUGCACUUACUAAACCAUUUAUUUUAAUUUCAUUCCAAAUAUUAGUACAUGCAGUCAUUUUUGACGCAUUUCGCAAUUUUUAAUAAAAAAUCCCAACAUUCCGCAAAUUUAUCUAGAAUGUUUAAAGUUUGAAUUCACAAAUACGACUACGCUCCUAGUUUUAGUAAAAUAUAGUAUUUUUUAUAUCGUUUAUGCUUUUAAUGAUGUCAUAAACGGUGCUGACAUCAGCAGUAAAUAAUAAUGGUAAUUUUCCUUUUUGAGCCGAGUUUUCUUUCUUAAUGUAACUCCCCAUAUACAUCUGAUUCACGUAGUGGCCUUACAAAUAUAUAAUGUAAAUUUGAUAGUUACCACCUUCCCCGGAUUAGCAACUUCGAAUCAAGCACUCACCUGAAAGAGCCGUUAUAGACCCUUUUUUUCUUAGAGAACCCUUAAACGCCCAAGGUAAACAAGCGACCAAAGAAAUGUCUCUGUUUUGAGGACAUCUUUCCAGGAAGAGAAAUUUGCUAAACAUAUUUUUGGUCACUUGGAUAGCGAAUCGACCUAUGAAUUAGGGUCUGGACGUCCUUUUUUGCAAAAAGAUAGCUACUUAUCAAUAAAUAAUGCUAGAAGCUUCAGAAAAACCACACAAAUUUGCCUAACAGUAGGUUUUUUUUUUAAUUUUUCCCCUGAAAUUGUCAUUACUGUUUGUAUUUUUCUAUAAAUGGUCGAAAAUGUUAGUACAGUUCAUUUCCUACAAGUUUUAUUUGGUCUGGUAUACAGAGAAACGUCGCCGCAUGUAUAUGGUUAAAUACAUUUAAAAAGCUUUUAUUUGUUGCACCUAUACGAAAUAAGAAAUAUUUAUAUAGUCCGUAAGUUUAUAAUGCAUAUUAUUUAAUUAAAAAAAGAUUAACCUUCCGUUCCGUAACCUAGGUUUCACUCUCCUGAGUCCCAGAAUCCUGGGUACUACUUUAUCCGUAUGCCAUAGAUUUUUCGUAAAUUACCAUCUGAAUCUUAGAUCCUGUAACACUACAAAAGACCCUAGGGUCAAGAAGUACGUUUAGUCCUGAGAUGAUUUGAUAAUACUAGUCGUUAGUCGGUGGAAAAAUCCACGGGUUAGCCCGUUCUUUUUAUACUACAUUGCGUGCGUCUCGAUACUUGCGCAGUUAAGCUACCAUUUUGCGUGACUUUCUGCCGUUUGAACUUUUCGUUUUGCAAAAACUAGUGUAUACAAUGUGGCACAAGGCUGUGAGAAACCCAUGACUUGCAAGAUGUUGCUAGAAUGACAAUUUUUUGUUUUAUAUUGUAUUUCAGUACUUAUUCUGUAAAAAUCAAAAUCAAGUACUGUUGUUGGUAGCUAGCUUGCAGGGAACUUUAAUGCAUUCUGUGGUGGCAGAUUUUAUUAAUGCUUUUAAAAAAUUGCUUUGGCAAAAACUAAAGUCAAGAUUUGUGGAAUAUGGUAGGUCUAGCGCUGAUUGCAGAACUUACAAAUCUAGAGUAAAACCACAGCAACGUUAUAAUACGAAAAAAAACGUCUGCUGGUGGAAGUAGUAGGUAGACAAAAAAGAACCAGAAAAAGAUGAGAAUAUAGAAACAUUUUUGUAUAUUUAAUGCAGUUUGAUUUUACAUAUUUGUAUACAUAUUUUCACUUUUUUAAGAUGAAAACUAUUAGUCUAAUUCGAACAUUUCGCUAAUUCGAACAAUUUUUUAGUCCCAAGGCUGCCUCAUGGUCGUUUAUUAGAAAUUUUGUGCAUCGACAAAUAAAAUCUUACGGAAAAAUGUUCAGACGGAGUUCUGAAAAUUUGAGGAUAUAAACCUACUAGAAAUGGAAAUAAUGGUACUUCAAUAUCUUGAAUUUAUUGGGUUUUUUUUCCAACCGCCAUAUUUGACGGUCUUGUUAAUCUCUUAUUCUCGUCUGAUAAGCGGGCCGUCGCAAAAUGUUUGAGAUGGAGUUUGAUAAAAUUGCCAUUAUGGUCGGCUCCGUUCACGCUGUUCUUUUUAACUUAUUUUUCUUUGUAACACAUGGCAUCAAAAAGUGAAAAGAAAUUUCGGUUCUGUUUAAAAAAGUGGCCGAACUUAAAAACAUUCGUAUCACUUUCUCCACUUAGAUUUAAUUUUUUUCUAUUUUAUUCGCCAUUGUUUUUGGAGACCAGACAAAACAAAACCGAAAGAAGAAAUCACAGCAUUGCCUCGUGGUUAUUAAUUAUGAUAAUUAAUGCUUAUCACGCUCUUUCUUUUUUAUUAGCAUGACCAGUAUUAAUGCAUAUUAUAAGCCAAAAAACCCAACGGGGAGAAUGCUCAUUGUGAUAGUUGAAGAUAGUUGAAGCACUAUGGAGAUAAUUAAAUUCAGAGCGUGAAAGGAGAAAUUCUAAAAGUUUAGGUAUUCUAAUUGUGUAGAUUUGAUACUGUCUCUAUAAGGAAACGACUAACUGUUUGAACAAAGGAAAAUAAUCAAAAAGUUAGACAGCUGGCGAGGCGAAGCUGUCUUCAGAAACAACAACAAGAAGUGGUCAGUGUUGCAAAGAAGUCUGAUUUCAGUUAUGGAAACGUUGUCACCAAGUCGGAUACCGGCAAAAUAGUUACUAUGAUUUACGCCAUACCUGGGAUUGCAUUAACUGCUGGAACAUAUAUACCAGCAGCCCGUGGAUUGAUAGCUCUGACAAGGUCUUUUCUAAUUGUAAUUGAGAUCGGUUGGUUAAAAAGAAAAUGUAUCAAACAUUUUCCCAUAAAAGUCUUUGCUUUCCAAACUUGCCUUAGCAUGUUAUCGUUAACUGUGUGUGGUUUACUGUCCACCUUAAAAGAAUUGGAGGACUACUCACUAUUAAACGGAAUUUAUUUGGCAUUCGUUUCUUUAACAACAAUUGGCUUUGGCGAUUAUUAUUACAAAUAUGAUAAAUAUAUGCAUCAACCUUGGUUGCUUUUGCCGUCAACAUUUAUGUUUUCUGUUGGACUUUCUACAUUUGCUUCGGUUAUUUCAAGUAUCAGUGAUGUUUUAGGAAAAUAUGCUCCUCAAGAGAAGAAAAAAGGAAAAAACACUGUUACUAUAGAGGUUGCUAACGGUUAAAAGACUUAUUUUAACGUGUAUUGGUUAUUUCUCUAACAUUAUUUAUUUACCCUCAA